GCGCGCCCCCUCCAUCUGAUCUUCAGCAAAUCCGCUCCUGAUCUCAUCAUCACCGGGUCUGUCUUCACCUGGAACCAUGGAGAAGGUCCUCCACACAGACUGGAGCUCGUGAGGAGUUUUCCACCCAAAAUCUGAUGCUUCUGAACGAGAUAUAAAUAUAAAUAUAAAUAUAUAUAUAAAGAGAGAGAGAGAGAGAGAGAGAGAGAGAGAGAGAAUCACAGCUGCCGCCAUGCCCCUGGUGAAGCGGAGUAUUGAGCCCAGGCACCUGUGUCGAGGAGCUCUUCCUGAAGGAGUGACCAGUGAGCUGGAGUGUGUGACCAACAGCACCCUCGCAGCCAUCAUCAAACAGCUGGGAGGACUCAGUAGACAUGCAGAGGACAUCUUUGGAGAGCUGUUUAAUGAAGCGAACAGUUUCUACAUGCGUAUGAACAGCCUGCAGGAGAAAGUGGAUCUGCUGGCAGUCAAGGUCACACAGCUGGACUCCACUGUGGAAGAAGUGUCUCUGCAGGACAUCAACAUGAGAAAGGCAUUUAAGAGCUCCACCAUCCAGGACCAGCAGGUGGUCUCCAGAAACUCCAUCCUGAACUCAGUGAUGGAGAUGUACCAACGCUGUGACAAGCCUCCUCCUCUGAACAUUCUUACUCCAUACAGAGACGACAAGAAGGACGGCCUGAAGUUUUAUACAGAUCCAUCAUACUUCUUUAACCUCUGGAAGGAGAAAAUGCUGCAGGCCACUGAGAACAAGAGAAAGGAAAAGAGGAGACAGAAGCAAGAGCAGAAACACCUCGAAGAUCCGACUCGGGAAGUGAAAAAGGUUCGGAAAGCUCGAAACCGCCGUCAGGAGUGGAACAUGAUGGCUUACGACAAGGAGUUUCGUCCAGACACUCGUCUCACACCGUCUCCCUACCAUGGCGUCUCGUCUGAAGGCUCCUUAUCUCCAGACAGAUCUGGAAUGUCAGAUGAGCACUCGUACCCCACCAGCCCCAACCACCCUCAGGAUACAGGUGGAGCAGGAAGUGAUGGGAAGGAGACCGGCCCAACUCAGACCCAGUCACUGGACCGAGCGUAUCGUCCCCCUGCCUCCACCUCCGCCAGCACACGCCAGCACUCACUGGGCCGUGUGCAGCAGCAUCAUGGAGCUCCACCUCCAGACCCCUCUCUAAAUGGCCCCCGACCUUCUGCUUCCAAAGAUUACAGUGGCCAUCAGAUGCAGGAACAUUUCAUUCCUCCUGCUCCUCCUCCUCCUCCCCCAAUAAUCCCCUCAGCUCAGACAGCCUUUGACAGCACUUCUGCUCCUCCGGCUCUGGCACCGGGUUCGGUGUCGGCUCUGUCCCGUCCCUACAGCCCAUCUCCUCCCCCUGCACUGCCCUCAGCUUACGUCCCGUCUCCUUCCCACUCUGUGAGUGGUGGAGGUCCUCCGGUAGCCCCGCCCCCACCACCUCCUGGACCUCCCACGUACGCUCCAUCUCCGGCCAGAGCUGCUGCUCAUCCACCUGGAGAGGGAACGCUGCCCAGGAAGGGCGCGGUGCCUCUGAUCCCCAUAAGUGAUGCUCGCAGUGACCUGCUGGCUGCCAUCCGCAGAGGGAUCCAACUACGUAAAGUCCAGGAACAGAGAGAGCAGGAGGCCAAGAAGGAGCCGGUGGGUAACGACGUGGCCACCAUUCUGUCUCGCCGCAUUGCUGUGGAGUACAGUGAAUCAGACGAGGACUCGGAGCCCGAGGAGAACGAGUGGUCCGACUGAGGAGAGGCUCUGACCUGCAACGUGCUCUACACAAUGCUGCUGCUUUCCUACAUCCGAACCCACUCUCCUCAUACAGACAGACAGAUUUAUGUAGAACUGUAGAAGAGUAAAAGAGAAGCAGUAAAUGAUUAGUGGAAAUAAAGCAGGAGUGAAUGAGAGGAAGAAGGGAGUGUGCAAUAGACAGGAAAAAUGGAAAGACAGAAUAAGAGAACAGGAAGAAUGAGGGUGAAGAAUGAGAAGUUAUUGAUCAUACAGUGUGAAGUGUAAAAUACAAAAAAAAAUCUCUCUUUGUUUGUUCAGAACUGCCAAAAAAAUCUUUCUGCAUCGUGUGUUUGAGUUUUGAGUUUUUGUCCAGAGAAUUAUAAAGUGUUACACAUUUCUUUGCAGUCGUCACCAAAAACAUCCUCUUAGUAGUGAUAAAUACACACACACACACACACACACACACACACACACACACACACACACACAUACAUACACACACACACACACAUACACACACACACACACACACACACACACACACACACAC